AUGGAUGGUUUUGUUGCUUGGUUUCAACACAAUGGUGGGGUCUUGGAUACUUCGAUGAUAGCCAUCACCGAUUUUCCUGGCAGUGGACGUGGUGCGGUCGCACUCCAGGAUAUACCUGAAAACCAUACAAUUUUCAUGCUUCCUCGUUCAUUAACACUUUCAACUCAGACCUCGAGCCUUCCUUCUGCAUUCGGUUUUGAAGAAUGGAGAAAGCACAAAUUGCACAAGGGUUGGGCUGGGCUGAUUCUUUGUAUGAUGUGGGAGGAAGCUCAAGGAAACCAAGGAAAGUGGAUUACAUAUCUCGCGUCACUCCCGACGCAAUUCGACACCCCAAUAUUUUGGAGUGACGAAGAACUACAAGAGCUCCAAGGGACGGCUGUGGUAGACAAGAUAGGUCGGGAUGAGGCUGAACGCGAUUAUCACGAGAAGCUAACUCCGGCGAUCAAGACUCGACCGGAUCUUUUCCCCUCUGAUCAAAUCGAUACAUGGUACACACUUCAUCAGUAUCAUAUCACAGGCAGCCGAAUUCUAUCUCGAAGCUUCAAUGUAGAGAGGUGGGAAAGUGGAAUUGAGCAGGAUGCCGAACAUGUCACAGAAGAAGACAGUAAUGAGAACACCCAGGCCAACACGAGUAUUGGGAGCGCAAUGGAUGUUGACGAUUCGGCAGAUAGUGGUGAAGCUGUGGAUGAAGAAAGCAGUGACAGAGGUAGUGAUCAUGAGGAGAUAGAGGAUACAUCGGAUAUUGCAAUGGUGCCUAUGGCUGAUAUCCUGAAUGCUCGAUAUGACUCUGUCAAUGCGAAACUUUUCUACGAGAAGCACCAUCUUCAAAUGGUCACCACGAUGCCCAUCAAAGCUGGAGAACAAAUAUUCAAUACAUACGGCGACCUGCCCAACUCAGACCUGCUCCGGCGCUACGGACAUGUUGAUCUUGUGCCGUGUCCCCAUCUAAAGGGUUCGCUUGGAAAUCCACAAGACGUCGUGGAAAUACGAGCAGACCUUGUUGUCAACGUUGUUUGUGAUGAUCUGUCUACUGGCGAGACAUAUCGGCGACGGAUCGACUGGUGGCUCGACGAAGGGGGCGAUGACGUUUUCAUUAUCGACGCAGACCCAGUUCUCCCUGCAGCGCUGACAUCUUUCAUAAGACUUCUCCUUCUCACCCAAGAAGAAUGGGAAAAAACACGGGAGAAAGGGCGUUUCCCGAAAGCCAAGUUUGAUCACCAAGUCUCUCCGUUAUUACGCAGGAUAUUCGAGAUGCGCUUGACUAGUUAUCAAUCGCCAGAUCUUGAAGUUGACGCAAAGCUUCUUGCAUCCGAAUCACUCACGCUCAACAAGAGACAUGCCAUCGUAGUGCGGCUCGGGGAGAAGCAGAUUCUAGCAGGUGCACUUGAAACCCUGCGCUUCAUGGAUGCGGCCUUGAGUGACGUCGGGGGUAAUGGAUCUAAAGGCAAGAGGCGUGUUGCAAGUGGGGGUACGACGGGUGGAGGAAAAUCGAAAAAGGCCAGGCAUUGA